GGUGCUGAGCCUGAGUCUGAAGACUGUCGCGUGUCAGGGGACGUUAGAGCCGGCCAACGGCGGGUGCCCGCCUGCAAAGACUAUUUGGAUCUUUUCAGAAAUCUCCUGAGCUGUGACCAGAUGAUGGAUUCUCUUUUAGCAGAUGAAGCAUUUCUCUUUGUGAAUUCCUCCCUUCCAAGUCUGAAUCGUUUGCUGUACGAUGAAUUUGUAAAAUCAGUUUUGAAGAUUAUCGAGAAAUUGGAUCUUACACUGGAAAAGCAGAGUGUUGGGGAACGAGAGGAUGAAAGUGAAGCUGCUGAUGUUUGGGUGAUCCCGACUUCAGAUCCAGCUGCCAAUUUGCAUCCUGCUAAACCUAAGGAUUUCUCAGCUUUCAUCAACCUGGUGGGCCUUUGCAGGGAGAUUCUUCCUGAGAAACAUGUAGAAUUUUUUGAGCCAUGGGUAUACUCCUUUGCAUAUGAACUAAUUCUGCAGUCUACACGGUUGCCAUUCAUUAGUGGUUUCUACAAAUUGCUAUCUAUUGCUGUGAGAAAUGCCAAGAAAAUAAAAUAUUUUGAGGGUGUUGGUCCAAAGAGUCAGAAACAGUCUCCUGAGGACCCAGAAAAGUCUUUUUGCUUUGCUUUGUUUGCAAAAUUUGGUAAAGAG